AGUCGGACGUAGUUCUGACAAAAGAUUGGAAAGAGCAUAAACCGGCUGAAAUGAUUAAUGAACUUUCAGUUCACAUUUAUCAACUGACACUCACGAAUGAAAGGAAUAAUGUUAAUAUAAGUGGAACUACUAAUGGUAAAACUUUCAAUUCUGGACUGUCUGAAAAAAAUAUAUCAAAAAGAGAUCAGGAAGAGAUACACAUAAGCAUUUUUUUGGUUAAUAUUUAG